UGCCAGAGUUAAAGGAAUCCGACAUCGUCGAACAGUUUGUCCAUGGGAACGGUCCGGGAGGCCAAGCAGUUAACAAGCUCUACAACUGUGUCAUGCUGAAGCACGUGCCAACAGAUAGAGCGUGAGAGAGAUCAAACAUGGAACCCUGCACGGCUACAACAGGACAGGGCAUAAUUUUGUCUGGCUUCGGUGGUUACGAAAAGAUGUGCGUAAAAGACUGUGAUGUGCCCGAACUGGGGGAGGGAGACGUCCUCGUCCAGAUGCGAGCUUGUGGAAUGAACUUCUCGGAUAUCUACACGCGACAGGGAAUUUACACCUUCAAAGGUGUCGCUCCACCCUUUGUGAUGGGCAUCGAAGGGUCGGGCGAUGUCAUCAACGUUGGAAGCGAUGUCCGCAGCAUCAAGGUCGGGGACCGCGUCGUGUGUUGGUCCUUCACGUACGGGAUGUGGUCAACUUUUGCCAAGGUUCCUGAAGUAAAUUGCUGCAUCAUGCCAGAUGAUAUGAGCUACCAGGAGGGAGCAGCCAUUCCAGUUAACUAUGCAACUGCUUACCUGACGCUUUACGGAAUUGGAGGACUUAAGCGAGGGCAGAAAGUUCUCGUUCAGUCAGCUGCAGGUGGAGUUGGAUGGGCUGCUACGCAACUUUGUCACAUAAUGGAGGAUGUAACUGUCUUCGGAACAUCGUCCCCGUCAAAAUUUGGAUUGACGCAAGAGAACGGAGUGAAUCAUCCCAUUGAUUACCGUACUAAGGACUUUGUGCAGGAAGUACUGAAUAUAGAACCCAAAGGUGUUGACAUCAUAUUGGACUGUCUCUCAGGCAAUGACUUUGCACGCUCUCGACAACUCUUGCGCCCUCUAGGUCACAUAGUGCACGUUGGUAUCAGUAACAUGAUUUCGGGAGAAAAACGCAGCGCGUUUCACAUCCUGAGAACGUGGUGGCAAACCAAGAAUGUCAGCGUUCUAGAGCUGGUGAACUCAAACCAGUGCGUGUGUGGCUUCAAUCUGGCCACUUUUGCGGAAGCAAAUCCGGAAGAAACGAAUUCUACAGUAAAUAGCAUAAUUCAAAUGUACAGUGCUGGAAAGAUCAAACCACGGAUAGACUCAGAGUGGAAGUUUGAGGAGAUACGCUCUGCCACAGAACACAUGCUGAACAGAAAGAACAUUGGAAAGCAGAUUCUGCUGCCUCCAUGAUAGCCGCUCCAGAACACAACAGUAAAAAGUUUCACUAAACUGUAACUUGAUAUGUGUUUGUAAAUGCAAGAUUUGGAAGACAAGUUCCAACAUUUGUAAAAUUCUUUACACACACGAAAAUAAAGGUCUCUCAACACCACA